AUGGCCGCUUCCGCCGUUCUUUUGACACCAACGACACCUCUUGCAAUGGGUGGUGGGUUAGGUAGUGGCGGUGGAGGAAGCGGUUAUCACGCUAAACAUCGUUUGAGCAUUACAGGUGGUGGGGGAGUUGAAGAUAAAGAUAAUAAAGAAAAUGGAAAUAAUAGUAAUGGUUUGGUAAUUGGUCUAACGCGUCAACAAUUCACACCAAGUCCUACUAGUGAAAUUCAUCCGUUGCAUUUUACAUGGGUAUUUUGGUUUAUGCAUCGAAUCCCAGGUAGUAAAAUACUAAAUUAUGAGAGUUCAAUGAAAAAAAUUGCUGCAUUUUCUUCGAUAGAAGACUUUUGGGCAGUUUAUAGUCAUCUUCGAAGACCUCAUGAAUUACCUAACAUCAGCGACUAUCACCUUUUCAAACAAGGUGUUAGACCAGUAUGGGAGGAUGACACUAAUAUUAAUGGAGGUAAGUGGAUUGUGAGAUUAAAAAAAGGUUUAGCUAGUCGGUAUUGGGAGAGUUUGGUCAUGGCGGUUAUUGGUGACCAAUUUGAUGUGGGUACAGAAAUUUGUGGAGCAGUGCUGUCUAUUCGCAGUUCGGAGGACAUCUUGUCCCUGUGGAAUCAGUCUGCACAUGAAGGCAGGAUUAAUUUAAAAAUAAGGGAUACAAUGAAACGAGUUUUGAAUUUGCCAUCAGAGACGAUUAUGGAAUAUAAAACGCAUAAUGACGCUUUGAAAGAUAAUUCUAGUUUUAGGAAUACUGAUGUAUUCCGAUAA